CGAGCCCAGUUUAGUUUAAAAAAGCAAAAAGCAAAAUGUCGUCACGUUACGGGAGCCGACCACCGAACACAUCUCUUUAUGUCCGAAAUUUACCGGAUGAUGUCAGGACCGAAGACAUGAGGAGCUUAUUUGGCAAGUUUGGCCCUAUAAGUGACAUCUACAUACCUUUGGACUACUAUACCAGGGAACCUAGGGGCUUUGCCUAUGUACAGUUUGAGGACAUCCGAGAUGCAGAAGAUGCAAUGUAUGAUCUGGACAGGUAUCGCUUCUACGGCCGAGAGCUUGAGAUCCAGUAUGCUGAAGGAGACAGAAAGACACCCACACAGAUGAGAGGGAAAGAGCGUGGUGGAUAUCGCCCAUCUAGGUACAGAUCACGCAGCAGAAGUCCAAGACGUCGCCGUUCUCGUAGUCGCAGUCCUCGGCGGAGGCGCUCGCGGAGUGCCAGCCCUCGGAAAAGACGCUCGCCCAGCUACAGUCCAAAGAGAAAGAGUAGAAAGAGCAGGAGUAGGAGCAGGAAUAGGAGACGUAAAAGGUCUUAUUCAAGAUCAGCGUCACGUUCUAAGUCAAGGUCACCGGACCGAAUGAGAACAAGAAGCAGGACAUUCAGUCGAUCUCCAUCAGGCUCCAAGAGUAGAUCAAGAUCACGUGACAAGUAGCAGCUUUGACACCCAUCAAUAUUUUUACACAUUUGGCGUCACAUAUUAGUGGAUGGAGGGAUUCCGCCGUACCAUUUUGUCAUGCUAUUUUAUAGGAAACAAAUUUAUUUGUUUGUAUUCAGUUUAUGAUAAGCUGUACAGUCUGUAGAACAGGUGGGUGUUUCAUAAAGCUGUUCGUAAGUUAAGAGCGACUUUAAGAACGACUGGUGAUCCUUUCUUACGCGCUAAACCAUCAUCUAUGCUGUAUACCAUUUACCAAAAGAAAGGAUCACCAGUCGUUCUUAAAGUCGCUCUUAACUUACGAACAGCUUUAUGAAACGGCCCCCAGGGCUGUCUCAAGCAUCCUGUCAGUGGUUUUCACCGACUCAUUUGCUCUGAACCAAUCAGAUGCAAGGGUUUCUGUAGCUUGUAACAGUUGUCAGAGUAAAUCUCUGACUAUUUGUUUCAUGAAAUGCUUCCCAGGACACAGGUUCUUAAGAUUGUAUCAUAUGAAAACAGUGAAUGUUGCAAUGUGAGAUGUAGAAAUACUGUCAUCAAUGCUGAGCAUUCUCUAUCCCUUGUAAAUUCCUGACACAUGUCAAACAAUUUUGGACAAGAUGUAAGGAAAGAAUUGGUAAUAAGUUGGAAAAUUCAUAUUUAGAAGAGUUUUUAGAAAGAAUCUGAUGUAAGUAAACAAACAAAAAAGAAUACUGUCAAAAACGGAUAAACUUAGGCGAGACGAUUGGUAAAUAUUGUACAAUACCAUGGACAUAAUAUGAAACUUGUGAUUUGUACAUUUAAUACUGCCUUUUUAAUAAUUUGGUUUCUUUCUACUUAUUACGAUACACUGUGACAAUGUGUAUAACACCAUCUGACAAUACAUAUUCAGUAUUUUCUUUUUAUACCCCUGAAUGAUGGAAGUAUGAUAUGACAUUAGCACCUCUUGCAAUUACCCACAAUUCAAUUAAGUUUUGCUAAGAACAUUGUGAAUGUCUUUUUUAAAGAUCAUUGAAGAAUUUACCCUUUGUAAACAUUUGAAAUAUCAGAAAUCGGUUAGUGUCUAACUAUCAUACUCUACACAAAUUUUUAUAAUACACAGAAAUCUGUUCUAAUAAUUUUUAGUACAGCUUGCUCAAUCUGACAACCUUCCUUGAUUUUGAUUGGUUGAGAAGCAUUGUUUCUGUGGUCACUAUCUUGUAAAUGAGUCUUUGUCAGAUGGAAUAUUCAACUUGUCUGAUAAGAUAUCUAACAAGACCUUUUAGAAACACUACCCUGAUAUCCUGCAAAUGUCAACAAACUUUCCCAGUCUUUAGAUAUCUUCAUAGUUUUCCUCUAAUCUUUAGAAAAUGUAAUAUCAGAGAUAAUUUUAUCUUAAAAGUUGUCAUACCUGAAUAUACAAAGUCUGGUGAACGGUGGUUACGAUACUAUGUACAUGUACAACUGUAGCAACAAUGAACCCAAAUUUUUAUUCUUAGGGUCAUUUUUUGGUCAAAAUCAAGGUCCGUGUUGAAAUUUUGAAGAGUUUUUUGGGGGGUUUUGUAAAAUAAGCCAGGUAAAUUUUGCAAAAUUCAAGAUUGUAUAAAGAUAGAAUACAUGUACUUAGCCUAGGUUCAGCUCUGCUUCUGUUGUAAAUACCGCCACUUAGAGUUUAGUAACAUUUGUUCAGUAUUGCAGAGUGGUGUAUUUUCAAGACAGUUUGCAUGUAAUAGACAUAAAAACUAAGAUCAUUUUGAGAUAUACCAGUUACACAGUAUACUUGUAAGGAGUGUGCUUUUUCUCUGGUUAUAUAUUUUUUUUAAUUUGUGGAUUUGUAAGAAACCAUCAGAACCUUCCAGGCUUGUGCAAAGUUGCCAGCGUUAAUAUUUUGUUGCUGUUGUAAAUAUUUUCACAUUUUUGCACAAUGUUUGUAUGUCUACCAGAUUUCCCGUCAGCCAUGUUAAUGUAUUUCAGUAUUAUCCUGUUGUAAGCAGAUUUAGUGUAGUUCUAUGCAAGUUGACCAUUCUAUUGUAUAUAUACCAUGUGGAAAGUCUGAAGGUAGAUUUUCAAUUGAACAUUGUUUGUUUUGCACACUUGCAAAUGGUUCAUGAAAGGUUGGGAAUGUUUUUUACAUUGACAUAUAUUUCCUGUGACUAGCAAGCUGUCUUAUCGUUCCCUUUUACUGACCUCAGUGUGUGUAUAUUUUCUCUACGUGGCCCAACUCAAAUUCAUGAAUAAUUUUUAAAUUCAAACAAGAAUUUGUCUGUUGAUUGGCUUGUAUGCUUGUUUGUGAGAAUUGAUACGCAUUUAUUGUCCCAUACCAUCCCCUUUGAUUAAAUGUAAGUGUAGGCUUUUAAGUUUUCAAAUGAUAGGUUAAAGGGAAUAUGUGACCGAAGUGUAAUGAGAUCACUUUGCGAUAUCAAUCAAAAGACAAUGUGAAUUAGCAUUUCGUCAGCUUCAAAUGGGUGUACCCGAGGCCUUUUAUCAUCUCACAAGCAAGACUUUUGCGAUGAUUAUUGAUCAGUAUCAAUAGCAAAUUUUUGCUCAGCAACGUACGGGGCUUUCAGCUACGCGGGCGUAUGGAAAACCCUGUAACAUCUGUUUCUAUUUCUUGAUGUCCAGAAUUCCAUUCUCGAAAUCAAGAAAUCAGAAAAAAUGUUAAAAGGGUUUGCCAUACGCCUGCAUAGCUGAAAGCCCCGGACAUUACUGAGCAAAAAACUCAAAAACCGUUUUAAAGAAUAUCUAAAGAAUAAUCGUUUUCAUUUCAAAUUCUCCUGUGUUUGAUAAAUAUGUUAGGUUUUGAAAUAUUUAGAUAUGUUAGGGGGUACAAAUAAAGAAGAAAAUAAUAGCUGUAUAAAUGAAAUAUUGUAAAGCCGGUAUCUGUAGUCUUUUGGCGAAUUCUUCAUGAAAGAAAUGUUCAUCAAAAACACAUUUUAUAACAGAAAGUCCCUCACUGUAAAAGUGAACAUUUGUAUAUUUGUUUUGUACUACGUUGCCAUUUUAUUUUGCUGUUUCUGUCAAUAAAGGUAACUCUGUUUAA